AUGAGUAGUGGGCUAAGAAACCAGGUGCUUUUAAACCAUCUACAAAAAAUUCAGGAAGUGAUAGGGAAUGACACAAGUGAUAAGUCUAAUGAACAAGAGUCUCGCAAAGCAAAUCUGACAAAUACUUUGCAUAGUGAUAAGACUGAGGCAGAGUUGUUUACGAUACCAAAACAGUCUAUGUUUACUCAUACACACUCUGAAUUUUGUAUAAAAUGGGAUCAAUUCUUUACAGAAAAGCGGUUUGUACAACUACCUCAAAGAAAUCAUAAUUUUAAUUAUUAUUAUAGUCUACCUGACAACUGUCAAAAUGAGAAAGCAAUUCCAAUUUUUGUUUUUCAUCAUGGCGCUGGUUCAUCCGGUUUGACAUUUGCUAGUCUUUGUAAAGAGUUGUAUGAGAGAUUGGAUUCUAAAUGUGGUUGUUUCACAUUUGAUGCUAGAGGUCAUGGAGAGACUGUUCUCUGUGAUAUCAGCAAUAGCAUUAAUAAUAGUUACUAUAGAAACGCGUUUGUUGAUGAUUUUGUGGCCUUUAUUAAUUACAUAUUUGACAAUUAUCUGGUACAUUUACCACUGGAGAAAGUGUCAAUUAUUCUUGUAGGCCACUCAUUAGGUGGGAGUAUAUGUACGUUUGCAUUGGAUAAAUUAAGAUACGAUGUUACAAGACAUAUUUUGGGGAUAGCCAUGUUUGAUAUUGUGGAAGAAGCGGCCAUUCAAGCAUUACAAAGAGUACAAAGUUUUUUAUUUUCUACACCAAAUACGUUUGGCUCAUACCAAGAGGCUAUUAAUUGGCACGUUAACAAUGGACUGUCCCGUCUUAGAAGUAGCGCAGAGAUAUCUAUACCUGCGUUAUUUAAGAAAUUAGAGGAUGGGAGUGUUGUAAGAAAAACUGAUCUUAGAAUGUUUUCAAGAUAUUGGGAUACUUGGUUUAUUGGUUUAUCACAUCAAUUUGUCACUGCUCCCAAAUGUAAAUUACUGAUUCUAGCUGGAAAUGAUAAUUUAGAUAAAGAGUUGAUUAUUGGACAGAUGCAAGGGAAAUAUCAACUGGUAGUUUUCCAAGAUUCAGGACAUUUUAUUCAAGAGGAUUGUCCAAUGAAGUGUGCAUUGACUUUGAUAGAUUUUUGGAAAAGAAAUGAUAAUAAGAAUGUCGUUAUAAAGACUAACUGGGGUAAAAACUGA